AUAUUAUCCUGAUUUAGCACAUAACCUUCAAACUCCGCGUCGAUCCCAACGUAAACUUAUGAUUGUUGAGUCGAGCUAUUCUCAAUUGUUAUCCUCAUUCGAAUCUACGCGCAAUAUCUUCUCGAUAUUUAUUUUUGGGGGUUCACAAGUGAUUUGAGAAAGAUAUAAUAACGAAGAUAAUUUUGAUUUUAGUAACUGUGAGUUUUUAACAUUGAACACGAUGCGGAUCUGCAUCAUCUCCCAAUUGCUCCUAGUUUUCCUCCAUUCAGUGGCUGGAUUUACUUUGACAACGGAGGACGUUCAACAAAUAUGCGGCUCAGAAAAUUGGACAUUACUUGAUCUCAAGAUUAUCCAGGAUGUUGGUGACAUCAAAAGACUGACUUCUAACAAAUGUGCACUUAACUUACGAAUCCCUGCAAACGGAAGACUUACGAAAAAAGUUAUGGAUCUCCUACCUAAACACCAUUUGAAAUUAUUGCAAAUAUCUGGUGAACUCCAAGUGUUAGAUGAUGAUAGCUUGUCAUCUCUGAAGUCUUUGAAAUAUCUCAAACUAUCGAAUCUUAAUCUCGAAAAAUCAGAUAUUUUUAAAAGUGAAGGUAAAUUUCCUAAGCAUCUUCAACUUCUUGACUUGUCUCACAAUGGAUUAAAUAAUUUGACUUUCUUCAAAACGGAAAGUAAAAAGAUGAUGAAAAUCAAUGUGCACGAUAAUCACCUACAUACAGUACCUAAAGAGUUGAAAGUUUUCGGGAAUUUGCAAGAAAUUGUGAUGAACCAUAAUAAAAUCGAGAAUUUUUCACUUGAUUCAACUUUGAUAAACGUGGUAUACUUGGAUGUUUCCUAUAACAUCAUCAGAAAUUUGUCAGGAUUGCAGCAUUUUCCAAACCUGGUGGUUCUGAACCUGACUAGCAACUCUAUACAUGAAAUAAGGGAAGAAUAUUUCGAAAAUGAACGUCCUAAUCUGCAAGAACUGCUUCUCGAUAAUAAUUUCAUAGAAUUCAUUCCAAUAAGAAUAUUGUUGAAUUUUCCGAAACUAAAAAUUUUCUCAAUCGCAAAUAAUAAACUAAGGAAGUUAAUACCAACAACAGAAAAUUACAGAACUACAGAAAUUGAAUAUUUGAAUUUGGGAAGUAACUCUUUGGAUGACAUACCAUUCAACUUCCUCAAAUGGUUUCCAUUUUUGAAAACACUUAAACUCAAUAACAAUAAAUUGUCCUAUUUGAGAUCGGGUACAUUCGCAAGACUGAAUAAUUUGCAGCAUUUGGAUCUCUCCAAUAAUGAAAUUGUUAAUUUUAAUGUGAAAAGGUUGAUUCCGUUAGAAUCACUUUCUGCUUUGAAUUUGAGUAACAACAAGAUAGAAAUAAUAGAUUAUUUCUCUUUGGCAUUGCAUAUUCCAAAUUUAAGGAUAAUAAAUAUUGAUGGAAAUUCUUUGUUUUGUGAGAAUUUGAUAGAAACCUUGAGAUUCUUCGAUAACAACGCCAUUGAAGUUGAAAAGGGUAAGUGUAGAGAAAGGGAACAUAUAAGAGAUAUUUGUUGUGUGGAUGGAACCAAAAAUUACACUGAUCUCAUCAGUGAAGGUAAAUUUAAUAUGGUAUCUUUCUCGUUGAUCACACAAAAUCAGAAAAAUUCAAAAAAAUUGGAUGAACUAUUGAAAACUUUCAGUAACGCCACUGUCAAAAAGGAGAGCCCUAGUUCGAUGCCUAAUGAGGGUUUAGUUAUAACGAAAGCAACAUUUUGGACUGGUUUAGGUAUUAUAAUUGCUGCUUUAUGUUUGAUUUUAUUCGUUCUUCUUCUUUCCUUGUUCGCCAAGAAAAAAGAAAUUUUGCCAGUACAUCUAUGAAUUUUUCAGAAAAAAGAUGAUGUUUCCACUCGAAUCUGAUUUAAUUUUAUUUUCUGAACUUUGUAUCGAAUACUGUAAUGAAACGAAUGCUAAAGUAAUUUCAAACUUGUCAUAGAUUGCAUUUAAUGUGAAAAAUCUGAUCAGUUUGUGGAGCAGAUGGUUUAAGCUAUACUGGGUGAUCCUAAAUUGGAAAUAUUGACGGAAAUGAGAGGUUCUUCCAUUAAUUCUAAGAAGAAAGCUCUUCAUGGGCCGCAAAUGUCUUGUUCAGGAGAUACAAGGUGCAAAAGAUCAUAGCACAUGGACCUUACAAGAUAUUAAACUGAAAUUUUGCAUGAAUAUUCAAAUUCAGAAUUUAUAUUACGUGAUAUGUCAAUUUUGAUUGAAGAUCUGCAGAGUGAUAUUAUAGUGCCAGCUGUUUUCCUCGAGAACAUUUUGCUGAUAUAAUGUUUUUGGUGGAGCACUGUCUAAACCAAAUAAUUCUCUUGAAAUCCUCAGGAAUAUCCGAAAUCCAGUUACCAUGCUGUGAUGAAUAAAUCAAUAAUUAGUUUAAAUGCUUAUUUUCCCGAUCUUCAGCAAUGAUUCAUCAAGAUUCGACACUCGUGUAUAAUCAUCUCAGAAAAGUAGGACUACAAGAAACACCCUGUGUCUCGAAAACAAAGUGUAUACUUUAUAGGAUAUUUUUUCGAAGAAUUAUUCAAUGAAUCUCUCAUUUUCACUUGUACUACCAAUUUAGGACCAUCCUGUAUGUAAGCUCUUAGUGGACUGCAGAUAUUUCCAAGAUUUACUUCAUACCUGAGAAGGUUUGAGAAAUGCUUACAAAUCGGCCAGUAUAUUUCAGAACUGAAAUGUUUUUUUUUAAGAAUAAUUGUUGAGAUUGUUAUUAUACAAUAGUAUUUUUUUUAUAUUUUGUAAUACGAUUUUAUCGAAAUAUAUCUAUACAAGAAAAUUACUCACUCUCAA